AAUUGUCAAAUGUCAAUGAUCAAUGUCAAGGCUGUUUUCCGUUGACGGUUGCAAUCAAAUAUUUUUAAUUCAAAAUUUAAAAUGGAAAAAUAUUAUAAAAAUUUUAUAUUGUGCGGUGAAAUAGAUUUCUAUUGUGUUUUGUGCAAGGAAACUUAUGGUGAUGAGGCAGAUGUCGAGAGGCACAUGCGAUGGGACAAACACAGAAAUGUUCUGAAAUUACAGGAAUACCUGCAUAAAUAUAAAAAAGAUUUUAUUUACAAGUUAAAUGAUAUCUUCUAUUGUGAAGUAUGCAAUCUACUAACAGUAGAUGUGGCUAGCCAUGUAAAAGAAGACUAUCAUAAAGCCAAGAAGGCAACCUCUGAAAGAAUCUCAAAAAAAUCUGAAUUCGUAAAACGGGAACCCAAUGGUACAAUCAAAGUUAACAGCAAAGUUGUGUCCAAACUCCAGUGGCAUGGCUUCAAAGACGGAAAAUGCUCAACUUGCAAUUUAGAUAAAAUUUACAAGUUGGAUCAUAUCACCUCUACUAGCCAUAUGUCUUAUCUCACACAGAGCAGAGUUAAAUUUGAGGGUGAUAAAUGUUACCGAGAAUUGAAAUCUGAUAAGUUUUAUUGUUUCACAUGUUUCGAAACUUUUGAGAAUGAGCACCUAAAUAAUCAUUGGACUGACAACCACAGCAAAGUAACAAAACCGAGGAAUUCUGAAAGUAACAACGGCAAAACCACGACAAACAAGUCAAAAUGUGAUUCGAAUAACAACAAAUGUAACUUAUCAAUUAAACUAUUGGCUGAGUGUUUUAGUAGUAAAUAUGAAUUUGAUGUUGAGAAAAAAACAGCCAAUUGCCUUUUGUGUGGUGCAACGGUCACCCCUUCUUUAAAAAAUUUAACGGAACACCCAAUUGAAUUUCAUCCGGAGACGGAGAACUUAAGGAUUCACGAUCACGGUAAAAGAAGACAUGAACUAGCAAUAUAUGCAAAUGAGAAUUAUCUAAAGUUAAAUGAGGGCGGUAGCAAGAUAUUUUGUACGCUUUGUGAUAUUUUUACAUCAGCACAUAUGAACUGCGCUACACAACAUGUUGAAGGUUUGCUGCACCGAGGACAUUUAGAGAUUAAAGGCCUAAUAAAAGAUAGUAAGCAUUUAAAGCCACCUACAAAGGGUGUUGCAUACAAAUCUUUUCUAAAAGAUAUGUAUGGUCCUUUUAAAAUACUUGAAUACAACGUUGUUAUAAUCAAUGAUGGAAUUUGUAUAGAACUAAUGAGCUUUUGGCUGAUACAAAUAAUUAAUGGGUUCAAGGGCAGCAUGGUGAAAUGUUACGCUUGUAACUUGACAAUGAAUUUAAUUGAAUUGCCGAAACAUUCAAAGGAGAUAAAUCAUAUGAAAAUAGUGGAAAACUGUAAGGUUCUACUCAUAGAUGAUGAUGGACACGAAAUCUUCAUUAGAGAAAUCCAUCCCGGCCUCUACCACUGCGGGUGCUGCAACAAAGUGUUUCCUUUCUGGGACAAUGUGACAAAACACCUGAAGAGUUUCCCGCAUAAGACGCAGAUAUACAGAAAAGAGCGUCUUAGCAUGGUUUUGGCGCCUUCUGAAUCUGCUGCCCGGGAUUGGUGCCCCGAUUCGCCCCCCACUAGAUCCGGGGCUGCGCUGCCCCAAUGCGGAAUGGCGGGCUGUUUAAUUUAUUGUGUUAUUUUCUUCACGCUUUGUUGUUUUUUGUUUUGUUUUUGCACAAACUUGUUAUGUGAAGAGUAAUAAUAAAAAUGCGUCUGCGGUGACUUGCUCCAUGAUUGGAUGGACGCAAGUCUGUUUGACCUAUGCAUUGUAGCCCAUAUCUUUUUAUCUUUCCGAAAUGUAAACAAUUUUUUUUUUUUAAUAAUUCGAAAUUCAGUAGGCAUAGUUAAAAGCACUUUUGAAACGUCAAAUCAUUAUAUUUGUAUUG